UCUCUGAUAAUGUAAAAACAUGCAGAAGACAACUUCUAUAUAGCAGAGCACUGCUUUUGAAGAACUGGACUGCCUUGUGUUUCAGCCAGAGAGAAAAAGCCUCUCUAACUGCAUCCCAACAAUGCCGGUGAGAAGGGGGCAUGUGGCCCCACAGAAUACUUUCCUGGACACCAUCAUUCGCAAGUUCGACGGACAGAACCGGAAGUUUAUCAUUGCCAACGCACAGGUGGAGAACUGCGCCAUCAUAUUCUGUAAUGAUGCCUUUUGUGGAAUGUGCGGUUACACUCGGGCUGAAGUGAUACAGAAGUCCUGCACCUGCAGCUUUCUGUAUGGACCUCACACAGAGAGACCAGCAAUGGCCCAGAUGGCUAAAGCCCUGCUGGGAGCAGAGGAGAGAAAAGUGGAGAUUUCCCUCUACACUAAGGAUGGUAUGAAUUUAUCAACUGUGAUUUUCAUACAUUCAGACAUUCUUUGUAUCUGUUUUGGUAAGAUGUUAUUUAUCAAUUGCAUCUAUGAGGUCUGGGGAUGUAAGACCUUCAGCAAAGUAAACAAUAAGAGGAAGACAGCCAUCACACAGACUUUAAUCAGACAGCUAUUUGGGCAGCACAUUGACUUGCCAAACUGUCUGUUGUAA